AUGACUGAGUGGCCCGUCAACCGUGUGCGCCAGGAGUUUCUGAAAUUCUUUGAGCAGCGAGGACACAAGUUUGUCCCAUCUAGCCCUGUCGUGCCAAACAAUGAUCCCACACUGCUCUUUAUCAAUGCCGGCAUGAAUCAAUUUAAAAAUCUUUUUCUUGGCACGGCAGAUCCCAAUACGGAAUUUGGUCGCCUUACCCGUGCGGCGAACUCACAACUUUGUAUUCGCGCAGGCGGUAAACACAAUGAUCUGGACGAUGUUGGUCGUGAUACUUACCAUCACACCUUUUUUGAGAUGUUGGGUUCAUGGUCGUUUGGUGACUAUUUUAAACGCGACGCAAUCCGCUGGGCAUGGGAACUUUUGACCGAGGUGUACAAGCUUCCAAAGGACCGUCUUUAUGUGACAUACUUUGAGGGGGACCCUGAAAACGGCAUAGCAGCCGAUGAAGAGGCGAAACAAUUGUGGUUGGAGCUUGUGAAACCCGAGCAUGUUAUAUCUGGUAAUGCCAAAGACAACUUUUGGGAAAUGGGCGAUAUAGGACCUUGUGGACCUUGCUCGGAAGUUCACUUUGACCGUCUGGGUGGUCGCAAUGCGGCCGAGCUGGUGAAUAAGGAAGAUCCAAUGGUGAUCGAGAUUUGGAACCUUGUUUUUAUGCAAUUUGAGCGUCAUGAAGGCGGUGUGCUUGUACCGUUGCCGAAGAUGCAUGUAGAUACAGGCAUGGGGCUCGAGCGACUGACGUCCAUUAUGCAAGGUGUGCACUCGAACUACGAUACAGACGCCUGGACGCCACUCUUUGAGGCCAUUCAGGCGGUGACGGGUUACGAAAAGUCAUAUGCCGAAAUACGUGAUCAAAAUGACUCCGAUGCAACCGUGGCGUACCGUGUGAUAGCAGAUCACAUUCGCUGCCUCAGUGUUUCCCUGGCGGAUGGUGCCAUGCCCGAUUCUGUUGGUCGUGGUUUUGUGUUGCGCCGCAUCAUCCGCCGCGCAGUCCGCUACGGUUUGCAGUUCCUUGGCGCAAAGGUUGGCUUCUUUAGUGAACUUGUUGACGCUGUUGUGGCGUCGUUGGGGCCCUUUUUCACGCACAUGCAAGAUCCUCGCACAGUGCAGCGUAUCAAAACUGUGCUUGCCGACGAGGAGGCAUCCUUUGCCAAGACAUGGGAUGUGGGUCUUAAGCACUUCAACAAGGCCGUUGCUGACGCGGUUGACAACACCAUCAGUGGUGAUAAUGCCUUUAUUCUUCACGAUCGCUAUGGCUUCCCUGUGGAUUUGACCUGUUUGCUGGCGGAGAAUGCAGGGUUACGUGUGGAUAUGAACGGCUUUCACGCGGCCAUGAAGGCAAAUCAACUAAGUGCUGGUCGUGUCGCUGCUGCAAAGACAUUCCUCGAUGUUCACCAACUGGAGGAGCUCAAACAGAUGGGUAUCGCCCCAACGGAGGAUGCCGCCAAGUACAUCUGGAAGAAUCGUACCGCAGAGGUGAAGGCCAUUUUUAACAAGAAGACAGGAACGUUUGUAGACAUGCUGAUGCCUGGAGAGGAAGGCGAGGAAGAUAUCGGCCUCAUUAUGGAUGUCACAAACUUUUACGCGGAGUCUGGUGGCCAAAUAUACGACACUGGGCGCAUUGUAGCUGCUGCCGAUGCCGUGUUUGAAGUAAGGAAGGUUUAUAAUCUUGGUGGCUACGUGGUACAUUUGGGACGCAUGAUGACAACAAACUCAACGGCUGUACCUAUUCCUGUAACGUCUUCUGUGGAUUUGCAGGUGGAUUACAAACGGCGGAUAGCGAUUGCUGCGAAUCACUCCAUGACACACGUCCUGAACUGGUGUCUACGACGCGUGCUAGAGGACGAAGCUCCUGAGAAUUACAUGGAGGUUCAACAGAAGGGGUCCCUUGUCACCGAAGAAAUGCUACGCUUUGACUUCAGCUACAAUAGUAAGGUCAGUCAAGAAGAUCUCGUCAAGAUCGAGAAGGCCCUUAAUGAGAAAAUUCAACAGGGGCUAGUGGUGUACCGCAAGGAGGUGGAACUUGAAAAAGCCAAACAUAUUGUGGGGCUGCGGCAGAUGUUCGGCGAGAAGUACCCAGACCCCGUCAGUGUCAUUUCUGUUGGCGUCCCAGUCGAUGACCUUCUUGCAAAGCCUGAGAGUGCAGAGUGGCGUGCGUACGCUGUGGAAUUUUGUGGUGGCACCCACUUGUCGAACAUAAAAGAGUCAGAGGUUGCGGUUAUCCUCUCAGAGGAAGCACUUAUGAAAGGGGUUCGACGGAUUGUUGUGGCGACACGCGACGCCGCACGCAAGGCCCGUGCACGGGGGGAACUGCUGGAGAAGGAAUAUCGUGAUAUCGUCGCCGGUGGUAUGACGGAUUCAACCGCUAAGAGCCUCUCGGUCCUGAACAAGAAGGUCGGCGACAGUCUCAUCCCGCUCACGGUGAAAAAUUCACUGCGGGAGGAAAUCGACGGGAGUAUCCGGGCUGCCCUUGCCAAUGUGAAGGCGAUGGCUGCGCAACUGAGGGAGAAGGCCACCGUUGCAGGACGAGCGGAGGCGGAGGCGUAUGACGCGGUGGAAAACCCCUUUUUUGUUAAGCGACUCAGCGAUUUUGGUGCUGAACGAGAGGCACUGCAGGCAUACGCUGAUGGAUUUACAAACGCCGUGCAGGGCGACGUUGGCGUUUUUCUCUUCGGCACCGAUGCGAACAAGGCACUCGCGCUGGUGACGCUCCCAAAGGCGUUUACUGCGAAGAAGCUAAGCGCUGUCGAUUGGGCAAAGGCAGCAAUCGGGAAAGGUGGCGGUAAGCCGCACGCCGCACAGUCAGGCCUUACCGCUGCCGACGUCGAUGUGGCGAUGGAGAAGGCGCUUGCAGAGGCCGCAAAGAUGAAGACUGCGAUGUGA